AUGCCGUCGCGACCCAAACAGGUUAGUAAUUUGACGUAUGAGCAGAAGAAGAAGAACUACCCGUGGCAUGAUGCAAACACCACGCUUACACAGUCGCAGCUGGCAGAUAAGGCGAAGCGCGAGUUUCGUCUCUUCAAGGCGCCAGUCCAGGGGACGAUCUCCGGCAUUUUGCGUGAUCGUCAGAAGUAUCUGUACGUGAUGGACCUCGACCUCAAGAUUAAGCGGACCCGAGUACUGGCAUUACCUGCAUUCUAUGAAGCCCUUGCGAACCCGAGUACUGGCAUUACCUGCAUUCUUUGA